AUGGCAGAAGACGCGGUCCUCCCUAUCCCGAACCUCACCCUCGCGCAGGACUACUUUGUCCUGUCCUCCCCAUCUCUCGCGCAUCUGCAUGAGACCGCGCGCAAGUCCCUCCUUGAGGGCAUUCAAGCUGACCAUAUGGCGCCAUACUACCGCAUCGUGACCUCCACCUCCGCGCUGCCACUGGACCAGCCUCUUCUCGAGCGUAUGGAGAAGGAGAACAAGGACGAGCUGGACAAGAUUGACGAGCGUCUUGAAGAGGCCAAGAAAACGGAAGGAGAGACGGACAUCGCGGACGCGCUCCGUGCGCGCGCGAACUAUUUGACCAAGAUCGGGGAAAAGGACAAGUCGGUAGAGGCGCAGAAGGUGGCCUUGGAGAAAACCCCGGGACUGGGUUCGAGGAUAGACAUCGUGCUCACUCUCAUCCGAAUCGGCCUCUUCUUCGGGGACCAUGAGUUAAUCACUCGGUACCUUGAGCAGGCGGAAGAGCUUGUGGAGAAGGGUGGUGACUGGGAUCGGAGAAACCGUCUGAAGGUGUACCGUGGCCUGCACAUGCUGUCAAUCCGACAAUUCAAGCGCGGCGGCGAACUCCUCCUCGAUGCCCUGUCAACGUUCACCGCCACCGAGCUCAUCUCCUACAACGACUUCGUGGCGGCCACCAUCAUCGCCAACGUCCUGACACUCAGCCGAACAGACCUCAAGAAGAAGCUCAUUGUCGCACCAGAAGUCAUCCAAGUCCUCCCCGAGCUGCCAACACUAUCCGACCUCAUGAAGAACCUGUACAAUUCGCAUUAUGACAAAUUUUUCAUUGCACUCGCCGCCCUGGAACAAACACAUCUGCAACCCAACCGCCUACUGGCCCCGCACUCGCGCUUCUACGUCCGCGAAAUGCGGAUCCUCGCCUACAACCAGCUCCUCGAGUCGUACCGCAGUCUCACCCUCGACAGCCUGGCACGGUCAUUUGGCGUCAGUGUCGACUUCGUUGACAGCGAGCUGUCCCGGUUCAUUGCAUCUGGGCGGCUACACUGCACGAUCGAUAAAGUGAACGGCGUGGUGGAGACGAACCGACCGUCAGUGAAGAACGCCCAGUACGAGACUGUCAUCCGACAGGGUGACAUCCUCUUGAGCGCGGUGCAGAGGUUGAGCAAGGUGCUAUAUUGA